UGGGACCACUGGGCUGGGGUCGGGUAUCCGAGCUCCUGGGCCUGAAUGCAUGGGCAGACAGCACUGGAUGGGGCCGUGGAGGCUCUUCCUUCCUGGCUGGCCUGCAGCACGGAGGUGUCGGGGCACACAGAUGGUAAGUUUCCUGGGAGCCGGAAGAGCAGAUUGCAAGGCUGUGCUUGUCCGCGGGUCAGCCAGAGUUGGGAGCGCGUGAGGGAGAGGCAGCCACAGCCGUUGGUGUGUGGCAGCGCUGGCUCCUGGGAGCUGGGAAAUCCAAGCUGGCUGCCACUACUCAGAGCUAGCCAGAUCCAGUGACCCAUCAUGGAUCCUGAAAAUACCAGUGAUGAGCUGUAUAGUUCCUCUCUUGACGACUUCCAAUACCCAGAAAAACCGGAACCUGUAGCACCCUCAACACGGGACGCCACUCUGGCACAUCCCACCUCAGAGACGAAUGCUGCUCACCCAACACACAAAGCUGCCUCUCAUCCUCCAAGGCGUGCGUUUUCUGUGUACAGCAAAGCCUCUCCUCAGCCUUCUCUUGUCGUGCGCCCGGUACCUCCAGCCCCUUCCAAACCUGCUCAACGUAGUCCAGCUCCUCCCACAGGCUCCAUGCGCCGUCCUGUGCGUCCAGCUCCUUCCGCAGGCUCCAUGCGUCGUCCUGUGCGUCCAGCUCCUUCCGCAGGCUCCAUGCGUCGUCCUGUGCGUCCAGCUCCUCCCGCAGGCUCCAUGCGUCGUCCUGUGCGUCCAGCUCCCGCCAUACCCCAAGUGCCUCCACGACAAGGGACUGACAAUAAGGCAAAUCCCGAGGCGUCCAUGGAAAGCCAGUAUGUGUGGCUCGCUGCAUACCAGGGAUCCAAGAAGGAGAUCCAAAAGCGUGCUAAGGGCCGGACCAAAGUGCCACAAAAAUUAACGGACAGCUUCAAGAAAUUUUUCUUCUCACCCACUGGAAUUCUGAAGCUCGUGAGAAUGGGUGUCAUCACGGCGGCAACCAUCUGCUUCUUCAAGGCCAACGCCCCCGAGUCUUACAUAGGGAUCGCCAUUCUGGAAGCCUUCAUCGUCAUCUUCUUUAUUCUAAUAUAUCUGCUGUCCCUCCAAUACCUGCUGACUUACAUACACUGGCCCUUACUUGAUCUUAUCAAUAGUAUCAUUUCUGCUCUGUUCCUUUUAAUGGUUGGCCUGCUGGUGAUGGAAGAGAAGAAGAGAAGACACCUGCUCUUUAUUGGAGGGACACUGUGUGUCACAGCGGCAGUCCUGUGCGUAAUUGAUGCGCUGAUGGUCACCAAGAGGACGAGGGACGACAUAAAGAGACUCCUAGGGGCCAACGAGGCAACCCGGCACACGCUGUACAAAGCGCCCCACCCAAACACGCGUGCAAGACAGAGCGACGGUCAGCACCUGCUCCUUAGUGGGCCCAAGCGCACGCGCGCGCAGUCGUCGUCUGUCACCAUUCGGUCUCACCUGUGA